AGUUGUUUACUUCCGUUGUAAUGGAAUGAUGUCAGUGUAAAUAAUGUUUCAUUCAUGUCAUCUUAAAAGGAUUAAGACGCUUCCAGAUCUGCAAUAACGAUGUCGUGUGGCGGAACGGAGUCGGUAGAUAUAUCUACCAACACACCGAACACAAAAACAGGAUUUUUGCGUAGAUAUAACAAGGGGUUCCUAUCAAAUGGAUGGAAACAAAACUUUUUCAAACUGCACGCAGACAGUACCCUUGCAUGGUAUGACAGUCAGGGCAGCUACGAAGCCAGGGGAGCCGUGAGAAUGAAGGACACAUGUCAGUAUCUGGCAGUUGGGCCAGUAUGUCAACAGGUCCCCAACAGGCCAGACCCGCCUCCUGGUGGAAAAGUUUCCGACAUGAUGGCCAUACCCAGAAAAAACAGCAAACAGGCUGACAUGGUGUGGAUUCUAUUCUCUGAUCAGAAUGAACUGAAUUCUUGGAUGACGGAAAUUGUGAAAACGCUACCCCCACCCCCACAGCCACCCCAGGCUCAAGGUCCUCCCCAGGGUACACCGAGUGCCCCUCCUCCAGGAGGGCCCCCACCCCCAGGCUUCAACCCUGGAGUAACAGGUGCUCCUCCUCAUUACCCUCCACCCCAGGGCAGCCAAGCCCCACCCCCUUACUAUCAGGGUCAGCAGCCAAGGCAAGGUAACAUGCCCUACCCUCAGCAGCGAGGGGGACACUACCCCCAGCAGCGUGGAGGAAACAAUGGCGGGAACACAACUGUUGUUGUGCAGGACCGAGGGAGGAGGGGGUCAGGGGAUGGGCUUGCUACAGGCAUGCUGAUGGGUGCUGCUCUUGGCUAUGGCAUGAGUCGACCUUGGGGCUUCGGCUAUGGGUGGGGGUAUGGAGGAUAUGGAGGGUAUGGAGGCUGGGGUGGGUAUGGGGGCUACCAUGGAGGUGACAAUAUCAAUAUUAACAACCAUUAUGAUAUUGACAAUACAAACAUUGAAAACACCAACAUCACGGAGAAUAACACUGAGAAUAACUAUGGUGAACAAGGGCAAGAAGGGGGUUAUGAUCAGGGGGGUUAUGAUCAGGGGGGUUAUGAUCAGGGGGGUUAUGAUCAAGGGGGUUAUGAUCAGGGUGGGUAUGAUGAUGGAGGAUAUGAUGGGGGAUAUGACGACUAUGGGGGUGGAGAUGAUUUUGGUGGAGGUGAUUUUGGUGGGGAUGAUUUUGGUGGUGGUGACUUUGGGGGUGACUUCUAAUGCUUGUGUUAUUUUGUAUUUUGUGAUAAUCAAAAAUAUUCUUCAGGUGACAACUGAUUUAUUUUUUGUCUUGGGAGGAUGUGAGGGUAAUUGCACUACUGUUAAUUGUCUUACAUCUCCAUGAUCUUGAAAACUGAAACUUUGCAAGGAUGACCUCAGCUAUGGUCAUAUAACUUGUAUCAUAUCUUAACGUGACCUCCACAUCUGUCAUAUUUUGCCCAUGUCUGCAUACCGUAUGUAAUUAUUAAAAAAUGAUAUCCAAUGAAUAUUAUGGUAUUGGAAAUAACACAAUAUGAUACUGCCUUAUGCUGAGUGUUUACCCUGCUGUGGCUUUCAGCUUUUGUGCAUUGUGAUAUCUGGCCAUCUUCAAACUCAGACCACAUUUUGGCCCACUGCUCAGCCAAUUACUCAGCCACACAUUAUAUUUUUUGUUUCACAGGCCCACCCUCCCUACUGAAAAGCAGCUGAUCCAAGAAAUAAAUUAGACAUACAAAAAUAUAUUUUUAUGAUGUCUCCCGCUAGUCAUAUAGACAAUAAAAACGGUUAUAUAUUAGUUCCAUGUCUUCAAGAAGGCAGCUGCAGUUUUUAAUCCACAGCAGAAUAACUUUCAUAUAAAUAAAUACUUAAUAACUUAACCACAUAGCCAGCUAUUUUUAUUUUUAUUUUGACUGAUCUUGUGUGGAAAGAUGGAAUAAAUCUGAUAAACAUAAAAAAAAAGAAGUGAGGCCUCACGUAUCAAUGUGAAAUCUAAUUAUAGGCAAUAUACAGGGAGGAUAUCUGUUGUGGAAGAACCCCUGUUACUUUCUUUGUAAGACUCCUUACAACUAAUAAUAUUCAAGACAAAAUGAGGUGAGCUGUAGAACCUAGUAACUCUAUUCUUCUGUCAGUAUCAUAAUGACAUAUUUAUGUGGAGAUAUAUAUUUUGUGCCUUUAUAAUGGGGAGGUCAUGGGUGGAGUUUAGAAUGAUCUGAACAGUUUUGUGUUUCUUUGAGUAUCGGUAGUCACUGUGUGAUACAGUUGCGGGUAAAGCGGAAUGUUCAUGUUGUCCAUUGCCUCUCAACUUUAAGUCUAUUUCAUGACUGUAAGCAAACACAUGCAAGAGUUAUGUUUACUUGCUUGACUUAUUUCUACAGAUUGUUAACAUUAGGAUCCUGUUUAUUGCAUAUUCUUGUCUUCUGGCCCUGAAGAAGAGUAGACUGUUUAUGUCUGCCCGUUAUGGUUGAAAUUCAGGAUUUGGUCUUUGGAGGUGUUUUGCAAAUUUGAAAAUGGAUGAUACUAUCUGCUUUUGAAGAUGCAUGUAUAUUAAGUUCUGUGGUUUUAUCGCAUUUGCUCUGCAUCAGUGAGAUGAAUUGUUUCCAUGUCAGGAGACAUGCAGUUGUGACUAUAGUUUAUAUUUUCCCUUGAGAUCCUUGGAGUCUUUGUGUUCAUGUAUGGCACAAUACAAAUGAUGUACAAGUCCAACUGUUAUGUAUCUAGGGACAUCUUAGAUACCUUGACCUCACAGUGUUGAGGGCUACCCCAAUAUGUACACCAUUGCCUUGUACAUACUCAUACCUCGUCGUGUAUACUAGUGGAAUGAUCCAUAUACUUACUGUAAUCUAAUCAAACAGCAAAAAGCACUGCUUUUUAGCGCUGAGUAGAGCACAUCCAUAAAAACAAUAAAAGUAUAUUCCUAAAAUCAACACACAGUUUAUAUGUUAAUCUGUUGACUGGCAUUAAGUUCAUAGGCAAUAUAAUAAUUAAACCAACAACAUUGGCAUAAACUUAUUACAACUGCUGCUCAAUAAACCGUGUAUGUGUUUAUAUUCAACUUGGUAUGUCCGCUAUCCGGUCAUUUAGAGACAUAAAUGCGAAGUUCAUUAAUAUGAAUGAUUUCGCAUUUAUUUCACAUGCGCGUUAAUUUCAAGAUUUACAAUAUUAACCAGGCACAGAGUACACUAGUAGACAGUGGUCAAUGUGAUCACUAUUUAACAUUUACAACUGUCUAUUCUCAGCUUAUGCAGAGUCAGUGCCUGGAAACAACAAUACACUUUCAGGCAAUGUACAGUGUAUAUGGACAAGAUGUUUUUGCUAUCAUAAAACACCUGAAGUAUUUGUAAAUAAAUACUCUGUAGUCAAUUUGCCAGUUUGAAUGACACUCUGUGUUAACAUUUGUAAACACCCAAGGCUUUUGUUGUUUCUCAUUUGAUAAAUAUUUCAUUGGCUGUACCAAAGUAGUCAUGUGUGAUAGAUUGUACAUGUUAUACAUAUGAGGUGGAUUCACAUAUUCUGAGCUUCACAUAGAAAGACUUAACCUUACACAUUAAAAUAAAAUGUUGUCUUUUUUCAACAUAAUUCCACUCCACGCUGAUACACUUUUUCCGAUGGUGUUGGAAGGAUUUUGUCCCAGUGUCAUAGAAGUCCUUCUAUUUGCUGUUCAAAAAAUUCUCCCCAGCUGCUGAGACAUCAUCGUUCGAGUCAAAAUGUGGGCUCCAGGUAGAGCUUUCGUCAAGUUUGGGAACAGAUCAAGAGAAUGGCUGCCUGUACAAACUGUGAGAAACAACCUCCUCCAGACUGGAACAUCUCGGUGGCCAUACAUAGAUAUAUACAUGAUAUAGGCAUAAUGUUGCCAAGGUUCUCCUUGCCAUGGCUGCCUGUACAAACUGUGAGAAACAACCUCCUCCAGAUUGGAACAUCUCGGUGGCCAUACAUAGAUAUAUACAUGAUAUAGGCAUAAUGUUGCCAAGGUUCUCCUUGCCAUGGCUGCCUGUACAAACUGUGAGACACAACCUCCUCCAGAUUGGAACAUCCCUGGAGAUUGAUGGCAGCUACUUCGUGUAGUCCCCAUGGGAUUCCUCUCAUACAUUUAUAUAGUAUUCAUUUCUAGAUGUGUUUUUCUGUGAUAUUAGCUGUGCCAGUCUUUGUUGUUGAUGACAUUUGAAAUAUUUAUUUUAAUGGUAUUUACAAUAAUUUUGUAUAAGAAACUAUAUGAGUUGUUGAUCUGUCAAUUUUAUUUACUUAUUUAUGAAACUAUCUUUCUGUAGAUAUACAUAUUGUUAUAUUUCUACUUCAAGAGAUCUAUAUAUCUCAAAUUGUAAUAUUGUUAUAUGUUAACAGCAAGUACUGUGAUAAUUCACUGAAUCUCAAUAAAUGCACUCUUCAACCAA